AUGAUCAGAGAAAAGUUGAAGCAAGCUCAAGAUCGGCAUAAGAGCUACUACGAUGCCAGGCAUAGGCCAUUAGAGUUCAAUGAAGGUGAACAUGUGUUUGUAAGAUUAUCUCCAGUCACAGGUGUUGGGCGAGCUCUCGGAGUGAGGAAGCUUAGCGCUAGAUUUAUAGGUCCAUACCAGAUUAUUGGUAGGGUAGGGUCUGUUGCCUACCGGUUUGCCUUGCCUCCGAACUUGACCAACAUCCACAACGUGUUUCACGUGUCACAGCUUCGAAGAUUUGUGAGUGCAUUAGAUUCUAUUUGUGGUGUGGACCCUUGUGAUGAUACCGAGUUCGAGUCAUAUGGGCAUAUGGGUACAGGAUCGUCUGGUCUACGUGAUGUAGUUCCGGGACUAGAGACAGUUACUUAA